AUGACAAUUGUCUUCAACGGUGGUGGUCCCAGGACAGUAGGGGACAGUGUCACAUUGUCGCAAAGCAUCAACCGUGGUCAAAAUAUUCAGAAUGAGAGCAAACUGUCUGGACGGGAACUUAAACGUGUCCCCGAACAUAUUCGGAAAAACGUUGCGCUGAAAAUUUUGGACUUGUCCAACAACUGUUUGGACGACAACAGCAUUUGUGAUUUAUCCGAUCUGAGGAACUUAAUUAGACUGAAUUUGUCAGCUAAUGAGUUGAAAAAUAUUCCGUUGGACUUCAGCAUUUUCCCAUUUUUAGAAGUAUUAUGCUUAUCUGCGAAUGAGUUGGAUUACCUACCAGAUGGGGUGACAAAUUUGCAUAGGCUAAAACGACUUCACUGUGACUUUAACCGCCUGAAAUGUCUCCCUCUUGAUUGGUCAUCGCUGGUUUCGUUGACUACAUUGACUCUUUCUAACAAUCGACUAGAAGAGAUUCCUACCACAGUAUGGACUCUCCAGAGCUUGCAGAAGCUUAAUUUAAAUCGAAACCAUAUAUGUGGCAUAGGUCCCCUACCAGAGGCUGCUGCUGGUCGGUUGAAAGAACUAAACUUGUCCAAGAACCGAAUAUCUGGAUUUCUUGAUUUGUCAUUGUUAUCCAGUCUUGUGCGUCUGGAUAUUUCCCACAACGAGGUGGAAGACCUUGAAGUUUUGAAGCUGUCCAGAUUGGAGUCUCUUAUGGUAUCUCAAAAUGCUCUGAAGUCAUUGCAUUUAGAUGGAACAAAAUUACGUAUAUUACGCGCUGAUGUCAAUGAUCUAGAAAGUAUAAAAUGCAAGCAUCUGCCAACUCAUUUGGAAACGCUUGAUAUUUCUCACAAUAAUAUGAUGUCGUUGCCAGAUUGGAUUAGUGAGGCCAAAUCUAUGACUCAUAUGUGUGCUUCUCAUAACCAGAUAACUAGUCUACCAAAACAGUUAUUUGCCAGCAGUUCUUUACGAAACCUACAAGUAACCCACAAUUUGUUGAAUGAUCUUCCUGAAAUGCUAACGCCAUGCCAUAUCCGAACGUUAUGCUUACAAUAUAACAAAAUACAAAGCCUACCGGACAAUUUCUUUUUGGCUUUGCCUUGCUUGGAGGUACUCAACUUGUCAUACAACUGCCUGAGUUGUCUUCCUCAGUCGUAUGGAACGAACAAAAACCUGAGAAGAAUCAUUCUCACUGGCAAUCAAGUGAAAAACUUAAAUGAUUUGUCAAGUUUGCUCAGUUCUUCUGCAGUUGAAACCCUUCAUCUUGCCUAUAAUGGAAUUCAAGAACUUCCCACAGAGUUCUUCUCGAAUGUUCCAGCUCUUGUUUCUUUGUCCUUGUCUGGAAAUGGAAUAGAGAACGUAACUAGUCAAACAGCUAAUGCUCAAAACUUGAAGAAACUCUAUCUGCACUCAAAUCAGAUUACUUCAGUCCCUUGGUUCAAAAACUCAUCGAAACUUGAGGUUUUAGAUUUAGCAUGCAAUAAACUGAAGAACUUAGAAUUGGCGUCCAUCGUUCCUAAAGGACUUACCUACUUAGACUUGUCUUCCAACUGUGAUCUGCAAAUCGAUCCGACGGAUUUUCAACAUUUGUGCUGCCAGAGGCCAGUUGCGGUUGUGGAUGUGAACUGUGCCGGUCGUCAAGCACCUUUAACGGACUGUGUUUUGAAGGACGUGGAAGAUGUCGUCAGUCCAUGGCUGCUGGGUUUUACUGAAUCGCAAGAUGGCAACACUAGGUUGUACAUUGAAUUUCAAAAGGACCCAACCAGUGGACAACAAGAGGCUCUUAUAGCACUAAUGGAAGUGGAUGAUUUGGUGGAAGUUGCUCAACUACGAUCUGUUCUGCCAGAAUUACUGAAAGCUGAAAAGGAAUGCAAAGAAACGUAUCCGCUUUACCUGAAGAACUCCUUGAUAGCAUGUGUUAGAUAUCUUCGUAGUAGAGGCUACUACAAAGAGCUAGGCAUCACCAUGUGUCAUCUUUCUUCGUCCUCUAGCAAUCCGGUCACCUUAAGACUAGGCACUAUUGGGCGACCAUCUUCGUGCAUCUUAGGCCGAGCUGGUAAUGUCAUUGUCCUGGCACAACGGCAAGACCCCCCUCCGUUUGAAAUCGAAGAAUGGCAGAUUGCAAUGGAGGACACAGAAGUGUGUUGCAACAAUUGCUUAAACAUAUUGCAAAACCAACCUGCGCCAAAAGGAAUCUGGACCUCCAUUCCAGACCCAGAAGUACGAGAAUUAAUCCUAAGUCCCCAAGAUAAAUUCUUAGUCUUUGGAGACAGUGCUUUUUCCAGGACUGUUCCCGCCGAUGAAGUUUGUCGCCAAGUUCAAAACACCACUUCACCUGUUGCAGCAGGUAAAGCGCUGUCGGAAAUGUAUUCUGCUUUGACGGAUGGCCGAAGAGAAUGCAUCGCCGUCAUCAUGUUCAAAUCCGACAUGCCGCAUAACGAAGAAGAAGUGGAAAAGUACAGAUGCUGGGAAUUCAUGCUCGAACAAAACCAUAAGCUGCUUUUUACGAAAGAACUCGAGACCAUUCAUAAAACUAUCUUGCACAACGGUGAGCCUCGACCGACUAGUGCAGAUCCGCCAUCUUGGUAUAAAGAUGCGUUUUCAAAGUAUAAAUGCCCUUUGCCUUCCCAUAGAGGGCGCUAUUAUUGUUAUGGUGGUAAGAUGGAAUGA